CCCCGCGAAGCUAAUCACUCCAAGGUAAACAGUUCUUCGAUUCGCAAUGAAAACGUUUGUGGUGCUGUCCGCACUGCUGGCCGCCGUCUGCGCUGUUCAGCAGUUUGACCCAGCCAACAUCGACUGGAACACAAUCCGAACGAUUCAGGAAACCGACUCGUACAGAGCCAAGUUUGGACUGGCUCCGUUGAGUGAUGACGAUAUUCGAAACUCUCGCAUCUCCGGUGGCACGAUUGCCAUGCCAAACCAGGUCCCGUGGGCCGUCGGAGUGUUUAUUCAUGGUGGUUCCGGACAUGGAUUCUGCAGUGGCACUUUGAUCUCGCCAAGACAUGUCCUAACGGCAGCGGUUUGCAUUUCCGGCCAAGUAACCCUGACGAUUGCGCUGGGAGCGUCCAACAUGGCUAGCAUCGAGCAGCUGAUUGGAGUGUCAAACAUCCUGUCACAUCCGAGGUACAGUUCUCUGCUGAACCGAGAUGACAUUGCGAUCCUGACCAUGAAUCGGGACGCAGAAAUCAACGAUCACGUGCGACCUGUGCUGCUGCCAAGGUGGUCCGAUGUUGGAAACUCUUUCAACAACUGGAUGGCCACAACCGCAGGGUGGGGUAAUACCGGAAAUCGUGACAACGAAAACAUCCCCACCGAGCGGCUGCAGUUUGCCGUUGACAGCGUGAACUCGAACUUCGUUUGCGGAAUUUCGCACAACUUCAUUCGUGACACACACAUUUGCACUUCCACAGAUGCCGGAGGCCCGUGCAAUGGAGACGAAGGAGGUCCUGUAACGAUCACGGAAGCUGGAAGGACAUUCCUUGUGGGUAUCCAUUCCUUCCAUUUUUCAGGAAUUCGGGGAUGUGACCGAGGGCGCUCGGCUGUGCACACGCGAAUUACGGAGUACUUACAAUGGAUCAAGGAUAACAGCAGUGCUGAAGUUACUAAUUAAUGGAACUUUCAUAUCUGGAGUUUUU